GAAAGACAAGAAUUGUAUCAAGACUAUGAAUCCCCUUGUUCUUGGAGAGUGGAGGGGGUCACUUUUGGGGGACUUAUGUCAGGGCGCACGUUCUUCAUGGAAGAUUUUGGGGUGCGGACACGCAGCGCUGGGGGCGUGUGAGGCUCCUGGCUUUGGCCCGGCAGCUUUCCGGAACGGCUGGCGCGGAAGGAAGCCCUAGGCAUUGUGUGGCAUGUUUGCGCACAGAAACGUCUCUGGACCGGCGUUCUCAAAACUUAUUUGACUUAUUGUGUAAAGCUCCGGGAGGAAAUGCGGCAGAGGCCAGGUAGAAAUACGGCGCCGCAUCCAGGGGUUCGGAGGACGCCGAGCUGGGCGACAGUCUUCCUCUCACAAACGCCUCCAGCCCACUCUUAGCAGCCUCAGAUCCCGGUGCCUCGUGGGAUGGGACUCGUCUCGGUAGCGCUGUUUCCUGCUGGAGUCAACUCGAGGAGCUUUCUGUGGUGGACUUGUCCGGAGGAACAAGGUGCCCCCUGAGUGAGACGGCUCUUCUCUGUUGCAAAAAAGUGGAGUCUGAGGUGAGGCGAGAAGCAAAGGAGCGUUGAAGAUGUUAAAGGCUGUGCUGAAGAAGAGCCGAGAGGGAGGAAAGGGAAGCAAGAAGGAAACAGGAGAUGACUUUGAUCCAGAGACUUCCUCUCCAGUCCUGCCCCCAGGCCAUGGAGGUGACUUUUCCGUGAGCAGUCUUCCUAUAGCAGAGGACACCUACAGGGUGAGCUUAGCCAAAGGUGUCUCGAUGUCUCUGCCUUCCUCACCUCUGCUGCCUCGACAGUCUCACUCCGUGCAAUCAAGAUCGAACAAAAAAUCCCCAGGUCCCGUCAGGAAGCCCAAGUAUGUGGAAAGCCCCAGAGUGCCUGGAGACGCAGUUAUAAUCCCGUUCAGAGACGUGUCCCAGCCAACAGAGCCCAAUGAGAAUGAAGCAAAGACCGAUAAUGAACCGAGCUGUUCGCCGGCAGCUCAAGAACUGUUGACAAGGCUGGGAUUUUUACUGGGAGAAGGGAUCCCAAGUGCCACACACAUAACCAUUGAAGAAAAAAAUGAAACCAUGUGCACAGCUCUGAGCCAAGGCAUCAGUCCUUGCUCCACACUAACAAGCAGCACCGCAUCUCCUAGCACCGAUAGCCCCUGCUCAACCUUGAAUAGCUGUGUCAGCAAGACGACAGCCAACAAAAGUCCCUGUGAGACCAUUAGCAGCCCUAGUUCCACCCUGGAAAGCAAGGACAGUGGAAUUAUAGCCACAAUUACAAGUUCAUCCGAAAACGAUGACCGGAGUGGCUCCAGUUUGGAAUGGAAUAAGGACGGAAGCCUAAGGUUAGGGGUACAGAAGGGAGUGCUUCAUGAUCGCAGGGCAGAUAAUUGCUCCCCAGUGGCCGAAGAGGAGCCCACUGGGUCAGCGGAGAGCGUGUCGCCCAAAGCUGACGCCUCAGUUGGAGAUGGUCCGGUCCCUUAUUCUCAGAGCUCCAGCUCGCUAAUAAUGCCACGGCCCAACUCAGUUGCAGCGACAAGCUCAACCAAAUUGGAAGAUCUGAGUUAUUUAGAUGGGCAGAGAAAUGCUCCUCUUCGAACGUCAAUUAGACUACCAUGGCACAAUACGGCUGGAGGUAGGGCACAGGAAGUUAAAGCACGAUUUUCUCCCUACAAGCCACAAGACAUUUUGUUGAAACCCCUGUUGUUUGAAGUACCGAGCAUAACAACAGACUCCGUGUUUGUGGGAAGGGAUUGGCUCUUUCACCAGAUAGAAGAAAAUUUGAGGAACACAGAACUGACAGAAAACAGAGGAGCAGUGGUCGUUGGAAAUGUGGGCUUUGGGAAGACGGCAAUCAUUUCUAAGUUGGUGGCACUUAGCUGCCAUGGAAGCCGCAUGAGGCAGAUUGCUUCCAACAGCCCAAGUCCAUCACCUAAAACUUCUGAUUCCUCCCAGGAUCUUGCUUUCACUCCACUGCUUUCACCGAGUUCUUCUACAACUGGUACCAACGCAGCUAAAACGCCCCCUGGGUCUAGGUCUGAUAAUCCUGAGAACCAGAGACCAAGAGAGGAUGCAGUGAAAUACCUUGCGUCUAAGGUCGUGGCCUACCACUACUGCCAGGCUGAUAACACGUACACGUGCCUGGUGCCUGAGUUUGUGCAUAGCAUUGCGGCUCUGCUCUGCCGGUCCCAUCAGCUGGCUGCCUACAGGGACCUGCUGAUAAAGGAGCCCCAGCUACAAAGCAUGCUGAGCCUCAGAUCCUGUGUGCAGGACCCAGUGGCCGCCUUCAAGAGAGGAGUGCUGGAACCGCUCACAAACCUGAGAAACGAGCAGAAAAUUCCUGAAGAUGAAUACAUUAUUUUGAUAGAUGGCUUAAAUGAAGCUGAGUUUCAUAAACCUGAUUAUGGAGAUACCCUUUCUUCAUUUAUUACCAAAAUUAUUUCAAAGUUUCCUGCCUGGUUGAAGUUGAUUGUGACUGUAAGAGCAAAUUUUCAGGAAAUCGUAAGUGCGCUGCCAUUCGUCAAGCUUUCCUUAGAUGACUUUCCUGACAACAAAGACAUUCACAGCGACCUGCACGCCUACGUCCAGCACCGGGUCCGCAGCAGCCAGGACAUCCUCAGCAACAUCUCCCUCAACGGCAAGGCCGACGCCGCCCUCAUUGGGAAAGUGAGCAGCCACCUGGUGCUGCGGAGCCUCGGCUCCUACCUGUACCUCAAACUCACUUUGGACCUCUUCCAGAGGGGACACCUGGUCAUCAAAAGUGCCAGCUACAAGGUGGUGCCCGUCUCUCUCUCUGAGCUCUAUCUGCUGCAGUGCAACAUGAAGUUCAUGACCCAGUCUGCCUUUGAGAGAGCACUUCCGAUUUUAAACGUGGCCCUGGCGUCCCUCCACCCCAUGACGGAUGAGCAGAUUUUCCAGGCCAUUAAUGCCGGCCACAUACAAGGGGAGCAGGGCUGGGAAGACUUUCAGCAGAGGAUGGAUGCUCUCUCCUGCUUCCUCAUUAAGAGGCGAGACAAAACUCGCAUGUUCUGCCACCCAUCCUUCAGGGAGUGGCUUGUUUGGAGAGCAGAUGGUGAAAACACAGCCUUCCUAUGUGAGCCCAGGAAUGGACACGCUCUUCUGGCAUUCAUGUUCUCUCGACAAGAGGGCAAGCUGAACCGCCAGCAGACCAUGGAGCUCGGCCAUCACAUCCUGAAGGCGCACAUUUUCAAGGGCCUCAGUAAGAAGACGGGGAUCUCUUCAAGCCAUCUCCAAGCCCUGUGGAUCGGGUACAGCACCGAGGGGCUGUCUGCUGCCCUCGCUUCUCUCAGGAAUCUCUACACUCCCAAUGUGAAGGUGAGCCGUCUCCUGAUUUUGGGAGGGGCCAACGUGAACUACAGGACAGAAGUGUUAAAUAACGCCCCGAUCCUGUGCGUCCAGUCUCACCUCGGCCACGAGGAAGUGGUCACUCUGCUCCUGGAAUUUGGCGCCUGCCUGGAUGGAAUGUCAGAAAAUGGCAUGACCGCCCUCUGCUACGCGGCAGCUGCUGGCCACAUGGAGCUGGUGUGUCUGCUGGCCAAGAAGGGGGCGAGGGUGGACCACUUGGAUAAGAAAGGCCAGUGCGCACUGGUCCACAGCGCACUGAGGGGCCACGGCGACAUUCUCCGGUACCUGCUGACCUGUGAGUGGUCGGCGGGGCCUCCCCAGCCGGGGGCACUGAGGAAGAGCCAAGCCCUUCAGCAGGCGCUGACAGCGGCCGCCAGCAUGGGCCACAGCUCGGUGGUCCAGUGCUUGCUGAGACUGGAAAAGGAACAUGAAACAGAUGUCAAUGGCACCGACACGCUGUGGGGAGAAACAGCCCUGACUGCCGCUGCCGGACGAGGGAAGCUGGAGGUCUGCGAGCUGCUGCUGGAGCACGGAGCUGCUGUGUCUCGGACUAACAGGAGAGGGGUCCCACCUUUGUUUUGUGCAGCACGCCAGGGGCAUUGGCAGAUCGUUAGAUUGCUGUUGGAACACGGCUGUGAUGUGAACCUAAGUGACAAGCAGGGCCGGACGCCCCUCAUGGUGGCUGCUUGUGAAGGGCACUUGAGCACCGUGGAAUUUCUCCUUUCAAAAGGUGCCGCCCUUUCUUCUGUGGACAAAGAGGGUCUGUCAGCGUUAAGCUGGGCUUGUCUGAAAGGUCACAGGGCAGUGGUCCAGUUUCUGGUUGAGGAAGGAGCCGAGAUAGACCAGACGGACAAGAACGGCCGCACUCCCCUGGACCUGGCCGCCUUCUACGGCGACGCAGAGACGGUGCUGUAUCUGGUUGAGAAGGGAGCCGUGAUUGAGCACGUGGACCACAGCGGUAUGCGUCCCUUGGACAGAGCCAUUGGUUGUCGAAACACAUCUGUAGUGGUUACACUGCUGAGAAAAGGAGCCAAAUUAGGAAAUGCUGCUUGGGCGAUGGCUACUUCCAAACCUGAUAUUUUGAUUAUACUUUUACAGAAAUUGAUGGAGGAAGGAAAUAUGAUGUACAAAAAAGGGAAGAUGAAAGAGGCAGCCCAGAGGUACCAGUAUGCCUUAAGGAAGUUUCCUCGAGAAGGAUUUGGAGAGGACAUGAGACCAUUCAAUGAACUAAGAGUUUCCCUCUAUCUCAAUUUGUCUCGCUGCCGAAGAAAAACAAAUGACUUUGGCAUGGCAGAAGAAUUUGCUUCCAAGGCUCUUGAAUUGAAACCAAAGUCCUAUGAAGCCUUUUAUGCCAGGGCAAGAGCAAAGAGAAACAGCAGGCAGUUUGCGGCAGCUCUGGCUGACCUGCGGGAAGCUGUGAAACUCUCUCCUACCAAUCAGGAAAUCAAGAGGCUCCUGGCCCGCGUAGAAGACGAAUGCAAGCAACUCCAGAGGAGCCAACAGCAGAAACAGCAGUGCCCACCACCCGCCCCACCCAAUGACUCCGAUAAUGAAGAGGACGCCCCAACCCCUGGAUUAAACGACCACUUUCAUCUUGAGGAGGCUGAAGAAGAAGAAACUUCUCCACAGGAAGAAUCCAUUUCCCCGACUCCCAGGUCCCAGCCAUCCUCAUCUGUCCCCUCCCCGUAUAUCCGAAACCUCCAGGAAGGGUUACAGUCCAAAAUAAGGCCAGUAUCGCCACAGAAUAGGCCAGGAAUGAACAAGCCCCUGCGGGAGCCUGUAGCCCAGCCAGGAUUGGUUAUGCAGCCCACCAAGCAGGCACAGAUAGUGAAAACCAGCCAGCAUCUGGGUUCUGGACAGUCUGGCGUGAGAAACAGUAGCACAAAAAUUCAGGUCUCUUCUCAGAAUCCUCCCCCAAGUCCCAUGCCAGGUAGAAUGCCUGCACCUUCUGCUGGUAGCAGAAACCAGCAUUUGGAGGGAAAAGGUCCUUUUGCUGUGGGAGCUGGUUCUGGCCAUUUUGGAGAUCGGCUGGGCCCCAGCCACAGUGUCCAGCUGCAGCACAGUGAGAGUGGUGCUGCGUAUCCUUUGCCAAGCAAAAUAAAAACUGCAGAGAGGCUUCUGUCUCAUGCCGCCAUGGCUGUGGACGUAGCCCCUCUAAACCAAAGUGGGACAGUGAGCUGUAGCGACAUGCGACACCCGGCUUCCCUCACCAGCUCAGGCUCUUCUGGUUCUCCGUCCAGCAGCAUAAAGAUGUCAAGUUCAACCAGUAGUUUGACUUCAAGCAGCAGUUUCUCAGAUGGCUUCAAGGUCCAAGGACCUGAUGCUCGAAUUAAAGACAAGGUUGUUAACCAGGUUCAGAGUGGCAUCGCUGAACACAGACCCCGCAAUACUCCAUUCAUGGGCAUCAUGGAUAAGACUGCGAGGUUCCAACAGCAGAGCAAUCCUCCAAACCGCACCUGGCACUGUCAGGUGCCAGAGGGGCUCCUGACAAACACAUCUUCUGCAGCUGGCCUGCAGGCCUCGAACUCUGAGAAGCCCUCCCUCAAACAAGCAGGAGGAUAUAAUAACCAAGCCAAAAUCUGUUCCGUUUCUACCCUGGGUGGAAGUGUCCACAAUGGGGCACAGGUGAAGGAGCUAGAGGAAAAGAAGUGCCAAAUUCCAGGCCACUGUCAAGAGAACAGGAUAACUAAGACUGUUUCUCAUCUGUAUCAGGAAAGUCUGUCUAAACAGCAGCCUCAUAUCAGUAAUGAAGCCCGCAGGAGUCACCUUCCUUCAGCAAAACCAAAGCGAUCGUUCAUAGAGUCAAAUGUGUGAACCUUAAGAGAGACCCAUUUGUGGAAUUUGGAAAAUAGUGUGUUGGCUCCUGAUGGUAAUUAAAUGGUUUUUCAUGAGAAAAAUUACUUUUUAGCCAUAUUUUUUUUUCUUUUUUCCUUGGGGGUGGAUUAAAAAUGUGGGAUAAAACUUCUUUGAUAAAUAGCUAGAAGUCACCAUAAAUAAGAAUGCUAACCAGAAUUGAAAACUACAAUUAGUUAUGCCUAUUAAGUUAAAAAUUUAAGACAACCAAGAAGACAUUAGCUCAUGCUUUUCUCUUAUGAAAUUGUUUGGUUUUUAUCAUUUUUCUCCUAGCCUUUGCUAUGUGAUAAAAUCAUAACAUUUCUUAGAGAAUGCAAAUGUCUAGUGAUAGGUUUAACUCAAGACAUAAUAUCCAGAUGAUGUAUUCUGGAAAAGAUGAAAUUUUCAAGCUCCAUUGAGUCAAACCCCCAAAUAUAUGUAUUUAAGACCUGAGUGAUUUCUAGCUCAUUAUAAAUGUGACUAUAUAUGUUAUAUAGCUGAUUUUUUUGUUUUUAAAGCAAAAUACGAGAAUAUCCAAGUAUUGUUCCCUUCAUAGAAGUUCCCUUAAGAGGAUUAAACACUUCUGUGUUAAUGGUUCUCAUUAAAAAUAUUUUUAUAGCACCUUUUUUGGAACUAUAUUCCCGCUUCAAGGUGUUUUUAAUAUUUGGAAACAGUAUAAGCCAUUUGGAAUCAUGAUGGGUGGUCAAGUUGGAUUUGGGCUAAAAUACCAAGAGUACAGCAUUCUCGGUGACACGUAAAUUAGCUUUCAGCUGGUUCCCAAACUGCUGUUAACGAUGAUAGCGCUCCUGGCAUAAGCCUUCCAAGAUCCUGUAAGGACAGUAUUUAAUUUGGAUACUUAAGGUAUGGUUGGUGGUGGUUUGUGUUUUAUUAUACAAUCAUUACUUUAUAGUCACAUAUUGUACAUAUUAAAAUAGCUAAGUUGUAUUCAGACUUGUAAAUAUAACUAUUUCAAGUAGUUAAUCUUAAAAAAAAAAAGUCAUUUAUUUGCAUGUUCUUUCUAAGCUUCAUCCAUGCUGGUUAUUGCACUGAACAAUAUAUUAUUAUGGCAUGUUAACAGUAUACCAGUAACGGCACUUUAUCUCAUUUAUAUGAACACCUUUGAGGUGCUACUUAAGUCCAAACUGAUGUAUUAUUCAUUUGUAAAGAUAAGGUACAGGAAUGAACCUUGGUUUAAAGGUAUUUUUAUAUGAAAAUGGUGUGCUAUUGGAGGAUGUUAAAAUGCUAGUUUGAGAGAGGUGGGAGCGUAUUUGUUUUAUAUGUUGGGAUGUGAAAUUUAUUUUCUAGAGUUGGGGAGAAGGAAGUUCUAUAUUUACAGAAUGUUUUAAAAAUGAAUAGUUGUAAUGAAGUUCCUGUGAGCAUCAUUAUGGUUUUGUACAAAUAGGAAUCUUCUGGUGUCCUUCUUCAACAUUUGUUCCUGAGUGUGUACAGUGUACUUUGUACAGCUUUAUCAUUUUUUUACAGGCUUUUCGUGAGUUCUGCUAUAACUGCUAUGGCUUAUUUAUUGUUUAUUGUUUUCUUUAAUGUUUGUGAAAGUCUUACUCUUUUGUUAUGUAGUUUUGUUUCUGCACAACUACUGUACUUUUCCGUAUGGAAUAAAGACUCUUAAUAGAA